AUGGAGAUGAGAAAGAAUCGAGAUCUUUACGAGCCGCUGGAUCUCUGCUAUCAUAAGGAGCAAGUCCGUCGCACGGCGCUUAAAGCUUCCUGUGCGAUCCGCAAUCCGGCAAAGACCUUGACGCUCUGCGGCCGUACGAUUAUCAUUCAAAUACCUAAUCUGGACCAGUGGACGUCAACUAUUGGCGGCCUUCUUAAGAUCAGGGGCGGAUUCUACGCCCUUACAACGAGCCACAUGCCCGAUGACGAUGAUGGGCUCCCUGAAGAUGAAGUCGACUAUGAGAGUGAUGAUGACAGGGGCUCGCUCUUCUUCUUUGACAAGGGUGACGAUUCGGAAUGUGAAGACUCGGCGAUCACUCCUUUUGAAUUCGACAAUGGUACAAGCGGUCAAGGCAAGAACUCAGUUCAGCUUCCAGAGACCGUGUCGCUAGAUGUGAAUGCUGGCAAGAGCGAAGCAAGAAACGCAGAAGAAACAAAGUCGUCUAAGAAGAGGGGCUACCGCUCAAACCCGAUUCAAGAAGAUCGCCUCCGGAGUGGGGACGAUUGGCUCCUCGUGCCUGUAGCAGCGAAUCUUCUCUACCCAAACAGGGUACCGGAAGGCGCAAAGAGACCAGCAACAUGGCAAGAUCCUUUCAUCGAAAGCUUCUGCCCUGAUUUGGGUAAACUGUUCGUUGACGAAGACCACCCGGACAUCCCGCCUUCCCAAACAACGGUAUGGGCAAUUUCUGGAAUGGGCGGUUUGAUACGCGGCAAUCUUUGCCCAAACCCGUCGUUCAUUAUUUCCAACGGCGGUGAGAGAACCUCAAAAGUCUGGAAGAUUGAAGUAGAGGGCUCUAGUCAAGGCUUCCAAACGGGAGACUCGGGCUCCUGGGUCGUCGAUGAUAGAUCGGGACGUGUACUCGGCAUCUUGUUGGCCCGGGUUGGCGGCAACGGCUACAUGGUCUCCUUUGCCAGCGUCCGACAAGAUAUCAUCUCCACGCUUGACAUCAAGGAGACAUUGAUACAACUGGCUGACAGGAGGGAUCCGCAGAUACGCGUCCGUGGCGGCAGACGGAUCAUCCGAUCAUUCCACUCACUUGGACCACGCGUAAGACAGGUUCCGGUAGAGCAGGCGCCGGUAGAACAGGCGCUGGACACGCGAUCUUGGGGCCAAUGGCUUUCUCAUAGCAUGGCAGAGACCCUAGACUUCGUGAGACACCCUGUCGACCUCGGCUACAGCAGAUCACGGCUGGUGUUGUUUUAUGCUAUGCUCUAUGUGUUUUUGCUAUUGUGGGCUCCAGGUCCGUGGGAAUCCUAG